UUCCCCUCCACAAUUUUCGACAGCCCACUACUCUUCAGAGGCAACCACUGCGGAUUCUGAAAUGGCAUGACUCAGAUAGACGCGAAACUUUUUCUUAACCACGCUACAUCGACAACAAUAUCCCCUAACUAAUUCCUGAGACGGUUAUAUGAGUGGUCCACGAGUCUCUCUUUUAGGCAAAAAUACUGGUGACGCACGAUACUCGAUUUUUGAUAUACUGUCUUUUCUCGAAACACACCAAAGAUCUCUCCCCACUUAGACAGCAAACGCACCUCGACAAUAACCGACAACAACAACAACCCUUCCAUACAAUAUGGCCAAAGAAAGCGAAAACCCCCUCAACCCCAUCACUCCUCGAAAGCCAAAUGAUGAGCCACGUCGGCAGGUUUCUCAGCAUCCCGAAUUUGGAAAACCCUCGCCAAUAGGCCCGGCGCACCCUCAUAACCAACGCUCCAACCACCUGUUCAAUAUACCCAAACCCAACAGGGCACGGCCUGAGCAUCAUAGACCCCAAGGCCAGCCUCAACCACGACCUCAAUAUCCCGUCCAUCGACAGAUUUCUACCCCAGGAGCUGCAGUAUCCACUCCGAGACGGGGUGACGGGCUCGAUCCCUUCAAGCACGUCCGACCUUCUGCUUACAAUAAUAACAAGUUCUCUCGCACUGCCAACAACGAUGUCUUUCAGAUUAAGCGCCCUGAAAAUGUCACGUUCUCCACCCCUCGAGCCCCCAAGACGUUUUACACCUCCAAUUCAGCCAAGCCUUCCGCAAUGAAAAUUACAAAUGCCUCCAAGAACUUGCAGAACUUUGUGGAUCUAACUGGCGAGGGUGGCUUUACUCCAAGCGCCCGCCCACGCAAUGUAGGAUUUGGCUCGACAGACAACUACGGUUAUGUGGAUGCAGCCAAGGCCAAUGAGAACAUCAAGGCGUUGCUAGAAGGGGCUUUCGAGGAAGACGAAUCGAAGCCUUCAAAGUCAAAGAGCAGGAAGAAGAACAAAAGCAAGAAGAAGAGCAAAAAAGACAAGAAAGACAAAAAGAAGGACGACAAAGAUGAUAGUAAAGCCGAAAAGAAGGAGACUGCUGAUAUCGAUGAUCUGACUGCCCAACUGCAGGGAGUGUCUGUCGUGGAAUCUAAAACCACGAAUGAUGAUUCCGACAGCGAUACUGACGGGGAGCAGCCUGGUACGAAGGCAUCGACUGGAGAGAUUGGCAACGAAAAGACUUCCGCCAAAGAUGACGCCGAAAGUGGACAAGAAGAUGAGAACGAUGACGAAGAAGAGGAAGAAGAAGACGAUGAAGACGAUGGUACGGUGGAGGGUCUAAAAGUCAAGCUCCUGCCACAUCAACGGGAAGGAGUAAAUUGGAUGCGGGACAAAGAAACCGGUCAGAGCAAAGCUAAAGGCGUUCUUCCUAAGGGUGGAAUCCUGGCGGACGACAUGGGUCUCGGAAAGACAGUUCAAGCUAUUUCUCUCCUGCUCACCAAUAGCAAGCGUGCGGAUGGACGCAGACGACCCGUCAAUCCUGAUGAUUCCGAUGAGAGCGACGAUGAAGAUGGAGAGAACAGCUCAAAACUGCCGCCUGGUCUAAGCAAAUCAACCCUGGUCGUUGCUCCCUUGGCUCUUAUAAAGCAGUGGGAGGCAGAAAUCAACGACAAGGUCGAAACAUCGCAUAGGCUUCGCGUGUGUGUCUACCACGGGAACACCAGAGCAAAGGCAACAGACAAUCUCGAAGACUACGAUGUAGUGAUCACUACCUAUGGCACCCUGACUUCCGAACAUGGAGCCUCUGACAAGAGCAACAAGAAACCGAAAUCGGGGCUCUUCUCUGUCUAUUGGUACCGAAUCAUAUUGGAUGAGGCCCACACCAUCAAAAAUCGAAACGCAAAGGCAACCCAAUCCGCCUAUGCCCUUGAUGCGGAAUACCGGUGGUGCCUAUCGGGAACCCCUAUGCAAAACAACCUCGACGAGCUGCAGAGUCUAAUCAAGUUCCUGCGCAUCAAGCCGUUCAACGACCUGGCAGCCUGGAAGGACCAAAUUACGAAACCUCUAGCCAAUGGCCGGGGUGGUCUCGCGAUUGAGCGUCUGCAGGUUUACCUGAAGGCAUUCAUGAAGCGACGGACUAAGGAUGUUCUGAAACUCAAUUCCAACCUCAAACCCGGCGAAGAGGGCGCAGGUGGAGAGGGAAAGAAGUCCUCCGGUUUCCAGAUCACGAAACGAGAAGUCAUUAAGGUUGCUGCCGAAUUUAUGCCCGGAGAGAUGAACUUCUACAAGCGCCUCGAACAGCGAACGGAAAACAGCCUCGAGAAAAUGAUGGGCGAGAAAAUGGACUACGCCGGUGCUUUAGUUUUGCUAUUGCGCCUGCGGCAAUCUUGCAACCAUCCUGACCUGGUGAAAAGUGACCUGGCUAAGGACAAAGAUGUUCUGUUGCAGAAUGGAUCAUCGGGCAAUCAGUCUGCGCCAGGAAAGCAGGAUGACCUCGAUAGCAUGGCAGAUCUCUUUGGAGCGCUCAGCGUGAUGUCGAAGAAAUGCGAUGUCUGUCAGACGGACCUGAGCAAAGAUGAGGCAGCAAGUGGUGCUAGUCGGUGCGGCGACUGUGAGACGGAUCUUAAAAACACACUCUCGGACAACCGCAGUGGCAAGAAGAAGAAGAGCUCCCGCAAACUAUCCAUCGUCGAUCUUACUGAUUCACCAUCGGCUAGUCGCUCAGAAGCCAAGAUGGCUCGUGCUCAACGCAACCGAAGAAUUGUCGUCGACAGUGACGAUGAGGACGAGGAUGAGGAUGGAGAAUGGAUUGUCCCCGAAGGACAGCGUUCGACCCCCAAGCUUGGAAGGGCCGGAGGCUCAGACGAUGAGGACGCGGAAGGAGGCGGCGAAUGGCUUGUUUCAGAUGAGUCGGAUUCUGAUGAUGAUGGACCGGAAUCACCAACUGCCAACCGCAUGAGCUCAAAAAUCCAGCACCAAGAAAGCGACUCUGAGGAGGACAUUUACCUGAACCCAGGAGAUGACGAGAACCAAGUACUACCUUCGACAAAGAUCAAACAUUUGAUGAAGAUCCUCAAUCGAGAGUCCGCUGAUUUCAAGUUUAUUGUCUUCUCUGUCUUUACUUCAAUGCUUGACAAGAUUGAGCCCUUCCUCAAGCGAGCUGGAAUUGGAUUCGCGCGAUACGAUGGUAGCAUGCGCAACGAUCUUCGAGAAGCCAGUCUCAACAAGCUCCGAAACAACAGCGGGACUCGAGUACUACUUUGCAGUCUGCGAGCCGGCGCACUGGGACUGAACCUGACUGCGGCGAGUCGAGUAGUAAUUCUGGAACCGUUUUGGAACCCUUUCGUCGAAGAACAAGCCAUUGACCGUGUUCACCGUCUCAACCAGACCCUCGAUGUCAAGAUUUACAAGAUGAUCAUCAAGGACACUGUCGAAGAACGUAUCAUAGAUCUCCAAGAUCGCAAGCGAGAACUGGCCAAUGUUACCAUCGAAGGCAAGACUGCCGCUGCCAAGCUUACGAUGAAGGAUAUGAUGGCUCUCUUUGGUCGGGAUGCAGAGGCACGGUACAACGGCGACCGGGACAAUGUCGAUCUGGCACAAAAGACCAGACUUUUGACGUCAGCGAGUGAAAGCAGUCAUUCCGGAUCUCAACAUGGGGAACCUGGCUCGCAGGAUUCGUAUUCUGUGUCUCGCGACCGGAAUCGACAGCCUGAAAAGCGCGCCCCUCGAACGGAGGAUUCGGUUUACGGACGGCGUUGGUAAAUUGCCGCGAUGCCGGUGAUGGGUUUGGAGUGAUACUGGACAGGCGUACGAGAGUUAGCAUGAAGCUUUAUGGGGCAUUGGAGAUAGCAAUUUGUUGAUACCGGCGUUUGGCAGCCAUGAUCGGGUGGGAUUUUCGGGUAUGCAUAGACAUUUUUUGAACUUCAGGAUAUCUUGCAAUUUUUACUUUCGGGUUUCAAUAACACAUG